AUGCUGUUGCAAAGGGAGUGGAAUGGAACUUGUGGCCCCUUGACAACUAUAAAGAGGUCCAGAUUUAACCAUCAUACUGUAAAAAAGAGAUCUUUAUUUAUGAUGCAUAAGAAACUUUCUAUGGUUAGGUUUCGGUAUAGAAUUAUAAAAUCCCCGGAACUUCGAGCAAGAGGCAAAACCUGCAAAUUGAGAAAAAUCAAGCCAAGGUGGGUGGAGAAAGUUACGAGGGACCAUCAAGAGGCGCUCCAGUGGGAUUUUGAAAGUGGAUUGUGUAAUUGGCUUUCCUACUGGAAAUCUAAAAGUAACCGUCUUUGGAACCGGUACAGCUUAUCAGAUAUGAACAAUAAUACACCCAAAUCUUUAGGCGAGGAGAACGAAAUAUGUGCACCUGAGAUCUGCCGUACGCAGGAUGCGUUACCGUGUGCUGAGCCGUGUUCUGAGGAGCCAGAAUCCGGAGGGCAGGGUGGCAGUGCGGAUGCUGUCCCACCAGAACUCCAUGCUAGAGCUUCUCCAGAGGCAGAGACCGUGCACCAGGUGGAGACCAACGGGGCUCUGGCAGAGGAUCAUUGCUCUGACAUUUUCGUCUCCGUGACAGGAAAAGAAAUUGCUGCUUCAGGUCAAGAUGAUGCAGAAUCUAAUGAAGUUAUGGGUGUAGGUGGAAUGAUACUGUUGCAAUCCUCCUUGCAGGAUUCUGAUGGCGAUGAUGAUUUUGCAAAUGGACCUUUAUCCAUGGAGCUGGCACAAAAUGAGGACAGCUCUAGCCAAAUGGAGGUAGAGGGCUCCUUAAACCUGGACAUUUUUAGUGCAAAGUUACUAGAUCACCCUUAUUGUAAAAGUCCUCUUGAGGAGCCUUCACCAGAAAGCACAGGACAAAAAUCAGGAACUCGGAAGGGAGGCAAAAGGAACAAUCAGAAAGCUUCCCAGGUGGCUGAUGAGCAGUUGGCAACGUGGCUUUGUGGAUUCCUAGAUGAAGUUAUGAAGAAAUAUGGCAGUUUAGUUCCACUCUGUGAAAAAGAUGUCAUGGGAAGAUUAAAAGAAGUCUUUAAUGAAGAUUUCUCCCAUAGAAAACCUUUUAUCACCAGGGAAAUCAUGAAGUAUCGGGAAAAACAUCCAAAAACCUCCACUUGCAAUUUCCGGGUCUUCUAUAAUAAGCACAUGCUAGAUAUGGAUGAUUUAGCUACAUUGGAAGGCCAGAACUGGCUGAAUGACCAGAUAAUUAACAUGUAUGGUGAACUCAUAAUGGAUGCAGUCCCUGAAAAGGUUCAUUUCUUUAACAGCUUUUUUCAUAGACAGCUCGUAACCAAAGGAUAUAAUGGGGUAAAACGAUGGACUAAAAAGGUGGACUUGUUCAGAAAGACUCUCUUGUUAAUUCCUAUUCACCUGGAAGUCCACUGGUCCCUCAUUACUGUGAACAUCCCCAGUCGAAUUAUUUCAUUUUAUGAUUCCCAAGGCAUUCAUUUUAAGUUUUGUGUAGAGAACAUUCGAAAGUAUUUGCUGACUGAAGCAAAAGAGAAGAAUCGCCCCGAGUUUCUUCAGGGUUGGCAGACUGCUGUGACAAAGUGCAUUCCACAACAGAAAAAUGACAGUGACUGUGGGGUUUUUGUGCUCCAGUACUGCAAGUGCCUCGCCUUAGACCAGCCUUUUCAGUUCUCCCAGGAAGAUAUGCCCCGAGUGAGAAAAAGGAUUUACAAGGAGCUGUGUGAACGCCAGCUAACAGACUAAUAAAAUGCAGCCAACCUAAUUUCUCUGGCAUUUCUGACAAGUUGCAGCUGGUGUUUGUGUACUUGAAUUUCUGAAAACUUCCGUGAAUUUUGAGCGAUUCUCAGCUGAGUGGUGUGGCCACUGUUGUUACCUCAAUUUUUUUGACAAGCUCUUUAACUGGCAGAACAUAACAGAGCUGCCGUAAAAUAUUCCUUAUGUCCUUUGGUUCUCUUAUGUUCUUUCCUGUAUUUAAUAUUUAUUAUCUCAGCAUGCAUAUAGGCAAAGCAUGCAACUAAAACCAUAAAACUGUAGAUUUGGUGCACCUUUGAGAUGUAGCUAGAAAUGACAAAUACAGGUGAUUUUGUCUGGAAACAUAAAGAUGCAUGAUAUGUUUUCCGAUGCAAUAAUGCUUUGAAUGUAUCAAAAAAAAAAAAUCAAUGCCAUAAAAAGAACAGCUAGAUUCUAUUUGAUAGUUCCAUUGUCCCUGUUGUGGCUGUAUAAUACUGAAUUACCACUUUUUAGGGUGGCUAAACUCAUCUACAGAUUUAAUUUGUAGAGACCCCUUUUUUUAAAUAGUUCAACUUGCUAAUAAAGUUUGUUCUGUUAACAUUUAUUCAGCUGUCAUUAUCAGCCUGUCCCUAUAGAUAAAAAGCAGCCUUUGCACAAAUAAAGCUUCAGCACUUGUCUGUAUAAUAAAAAGUACAAAGGUGUUCAGUCAGUCAGAUUGAUGGUAUGUUCCUAUAUGCUGCAGAAGUCUCCGUGAUGUGUAUAUUAAGGAGAAUUAUAAAGCUGGCCCUGAAGAGUCACAGCUUAGAUACUAAGAUAAACUCCUUGGCUGUAACUGUUUAAAUCUCAGAUGGCUUUGACUCAUUUUUCAGUUGCACAAUAUGCAGUGAAAUGUACCAUUUCGGCAUCUCUCACUUCAGCCCUGUCUUGAAAUGAACUCCCUUCAAGCUUGUCAUGUUUAACCUCCCAUUGGCUUUUGCCUUUGUUCAAAUAUAAAUUAAUUCAUUUCUGCUGCA